GCGCUGACUGGCCUUGCCCGCUCAUGGACGACCAAAGCCGGCAUACAAGGUACUUAAAGGCCCGAACAUGGCAACAACACUACCGCCGCCGUCGAAGCGGGUAAGGAGAGAAGAAAUUGAGCGCACGCAGACGCAACAGGAUGUCGCCCCGCUUCUGGCCCGCGACCGCGGGUCGUUCAAGGCCCACUUCGUCGACAGCGACGGCAACGAGAUGGCCGGCGUGGUCGAUAUCAACUUUGCCGAUGCUACCGAGAAGAACGUUUCGGCACUGCUCAACCAAAUGCUAGGGAGGGACCGCGAAGACUUCACACCAUACCGUUUCCGCAUCCACAUCCCGGGAAAGGACGUGAUCGUAGAUCAGUACCCCUCCGACUUGCUUGAAUUGCUACAAAAACACGGUGUCACGAACCCCUCCGAGACCACAAUCACCUUUAGCGCCGAACCGCAAGCCGUCUUCAAGGUCCACGCCGUCACGCGCCUGGCGCACCGCAUCCCCGGCCACGGGCAGCCGAUUCUUGCCUGUCAGUUCUCCCCGGUGUCGUCCAGCCGUCUGGCGACCGGGAGCGGCGACAACACGGCGCGCAUCUGGGAUACCGACUCGGGCACGCCGAAGCACACACUGAAAGGGCACACUGGUUGGGUCCUGGGGGUGAAUUGGAGUCCCGACGGCAAGUACCUGGCUACUUGCUCCAUGGACAAAACGGUCCGGAUAUGGGACCCCGAGACUGGGAAGCAAUUUGGACAGGAUUUUAAGGGCCACGCCAAGUGGGUGUUGGCCGUGGCGUGGGAGCCCUAUCAUCUCUGGCGAGAUGGGACCGCCCGCCUGGCAAGUGCGAGCAAGGAUGGCACAUGUCGGAUAUGGAUUGUCAACUCGGGACGGACGGAGCACGUCCUGAGCGGCCACAAGGGCUCCGUGAGCUGUGUAAGAUGGGGCGGCACAGGCAUGAUUUACACAGGGUCCCACGACAAGAGCAUUCGAGUCUGGGACGCCGUCAAGGGAACGCUGAUGCACAGCUUCACCGCCCACGGCCACUGGAUUAACCAUAUCGCCCUCUCGAGCGACCAUGCUCUCCGCACCGCGUACUUCGACCAGGUCAGCGACGUUCCAGACACCGAAGAAGGCAAACGCGCAAAGGCGAAGGAGCGGUUUGAGAAGGCGGCUCGAAUCCAAGGCAAGGUAGCCGAGCGAUUGGUCUCUGCGAGUAAGCUUCCUUGUCACGUUUCUGUUACGUCCUAGGCUGUCUCCGGCACGGUCUAACAAGUGCUCCUCCAGGUGAUGACUUCACCAUGUACUUAUGGGAUCCGGUUAACAACGGCAGUAAGCCCGUUGCCAGACUACUGGGCCACCAGAACAAGGUGAACCAGGUGCAGUUCUCCCCCGACGGGACCCUGAUUGCCAGCGCGGGGUGGGACAACAGCACGGUUAGCCCCGCCAACGAUCCCCAACUUGUAGCACCAACCCGAGCAGCUGACACGGAAUGCAAUGCAG